CCGCCCGCCGCCGCCCGCCGCCGCCGUCUCCCCCGCGCCUCCAAGAUGCCCGGGCAGCGGCGGGGUGGCUGCCGCAGCCCGCUGGUACCAGACCACCGUCCCUGGUUUUUGAUGCUGACUCAGGAUCGUUUUAACUAAAGAUGGAAACACUGGAGUCAGAAUUGACCUGCCCAAUCUGCCUGGAGUUGUUUGAGGACCCUCUCCUGCUGCCCUGUGCCCACAGCCUCUGCUUCAGCUGCGCCCACCGCAUCCUGGUGUCCGGCUGCUCCUCCGGGGAGUCCAUCGAGCCCAUCACCGCCUUCCAGUGCCCCACCUGCCGCUAUGUCAUCUCCCUCAACCACCGGGGCCUGGAGGGCCUCAAGCGCAAUGUGACCCUGCAGAACAUCAUCGACCGCUUCCAGAAGGCGUCCCUCAGCGGCCCCAACUCCCCCAGCGAGAGCCGCCGCCAGAGGACCUUCCGCAACAGCCCUACCAUGUCCGUGGCCGGCGAGAGGAUCGCCUGCCAGUUCUGUGAGCAGGACCCCCCCCGAGACGCCAUCAAGACCUGCAUCACCUGCGAGGUCUCCUACUGCGACCGCUGCCUGCGGGCCACCCACCCCAACAAGAAGCCCUUCACCAGCCACCGCCUGGUGGAGCCCGUGCCUGACGCCCACUUCCGAGGCCUCACCUGCCUGGAGCACGAGAACGAGAAGGUGAACAUGUACUGUGUGGCUGACGACCAGCUCAUCUGUGCCUUAUGCAAACUGGUGGGACGCCACCGGGACCACCAAGUGGCGUCCCUCAGCGACCGGUUCGAGAAGCUGAAGCAAACCCUGGAGACAAAUCUCACCAACCUGGUCAAACGCAACAGUGAACUGGAAAACCAGAUGGCCAAGCUGAUCCAGAUCUGCCAGCAAGUGGAGGUCAACACCGCCAUGCACGAGGCCAAGCUGAUGGAGGAGUGUGAUGAGCUGAUGGAGAUCAUCCGGCAGCGCAAGCAGGUCAUUGCUGUCAAGAUCAAGGAGACGAAGGUGAUGAAGCUGCGGAAGCUGGCCCAGCAGGUUGCCAACUGCCGGCAGUGCCUGGAGCGCUCCACGGUCCUCAUCAACCAGGCAGAGCACAUCCUGAAGGAGAACGACCACGCACGGUUCCUGCAGACAGCCAGGAACGUGGCUGAGAGGGUCGCCAUGGCAACUGCAUCCUCUCAAGUCCUGAUACCAGAUAUCAAUUUUAAUGAUGCCUUCGAAAACUUUGCUUUAGAUUUUUCCAGGGAGAAGAAGCUGCUGGAGGGGCUGGAUUACCUGACGGCACCCAACCCGCCGUCGGUCCGGGAGGAGCUGUGCACAGCCUCCCAUGACACCAUCACCGUCCACUGGAUCUCGGAGGACGAGUUUAGUGUCAGCUCCUACGAGCUGCAGUACACCAUCUUCACUGGCCAGGCCAACUUCAUCAGUCUCUACAACUCCAUGGACAGCUGGAUGAUUGUCCCCAAUAUCAAGCAGAACCACUACACAGUCCAUGGGCUCCAGAGUGGCACCCGCUACAUCUUCCUGGUCAAGGCCAUCAACCAGGCAGGCAGCAGGAACAGUGAACCCGCCAGGCUCAAGACCAACAGUCAGCCAUUUAAGCUAGACCCUAAGCUGGCUCACAAGAAGUUGAAGAUCUCCAACGAUGGGCUGCAGAUGGAGAAGGAUGAGAGCUCCUUGAAGAAGAGCCACACGCCCGAGAGGUUCAGUGGGACAGGAUGCUAUGGGGCAGCAGGCAACGUCUUCAUUGACAGUGGCUGCCACUACUGGGAGGUGGUGGUGGGCUCCUCAACCUGGUACGCCAUCGGUGUCGCUUACAAGUCAGCCCCCAAGAAUGAGUGGAUCGGGAAGAACUCCUCCUCUUGGGUCUUCUCCCGCUGCAACAACAACUUCGUGGUGAGGCACAACAACAAGGAGAUGCUGGUAGAAGUCCACCCCCAGAUGAAGCGCCUCGGCGUCCUCCUGGAUUAUGACAACAAUGCACUCUCCUUCUACGACCCGGCCAACUCCCUCCACCUCCACACCUUUGAAGUCUCCUUCGUCCUCCCGGUGUGUCCCACCUUCACCAUCUGGAACAAAUCCUUGAUGAUCCUCUCGGGUCUGCCUGCCCCGGACUUCAUAGAUUACCCAGAGCAGCAGGAGUGUAACUGCAGGCCCCAGGAGUCCCCGUAUGUGUCAGGGAUGAAAGCCUGUCACUAGGCUCCCCGUGGUGCCACCAGCCCUGCCAGGGGGUCCACUGGGAAGGUACCACCAGGCAGCUUCAGCCAGCGGUACCAUCCUGCACACAGCUCAGUGCUUUCAUUUAAGGAGGAAGAGGAGGAACCUCUGAGAUGGCCGAAAAUAAACUCCGGUUGGCUCCGCUUGCGCCUGUGGCUCCGCAGCCCCUGGCUCUCUGCUCCCCUCUCUCCUGCAGCUGAUUGUCACCUCGAUGGUUUUGUCAUCCCUCAGGUGCUGGAGAAGCUGGGAUGGGCUUUCAGGUGACCUCCCGAGGUGCUGCUGUGGUCAGGGGGACACCUCGCAUGUCCCCGGGUUGGAGCAGGAGGGGUUGGGUUGGCUUCCUGGAGCCUGCUGGUGGCUUGUCCUGAGAGCCAGGUGGGACCUGAGCUUCACCCUCCGGGGAGGACUUUCUGUUUGGCUGAAGUCUGGCAGCUUCUCCGAGGUGAUAUUGGACAGACCCCUGGCACUCAGCAUGUGUUGGCGUUGGUUACACAGUGGGUGGUGUUUUCAUGGUUGGGUGGUGGUCCUGCAGUGGAUGAUGGUUUUAUUGGGUGGUGGUCCUGCAGUGGAUGGUCUGCGAGAGCAAGGGCGGUGCUGGGGGUGGUCCUACCACCUCUCCUGGUGCAUGCUGGCUGUGGGCCCUGUGCUUGGCUGGGAUUGCUGUCCCACAGUGGAGGGCAGCUGGUUGUGGACUCCCUCCCCACCAUGUCUUCUCCUUCAGGAGCUUAUGAUCACAACAAGGAGCGUCUCACCCCCACACAGAGCUUUGGCAGAUGCUCCUUCCUGAUGCAGGGUCCAGCCAGAUGUGCCCAUCAGAUGUGGCUGUGUGUAGACCUCCACAGGCUUCUUGUCUGGUGUCCCUGCAGAAAAAACACACCUCCCCGUGCUGAGCAGAGGGUCAGGUCCUGCCCAAAGACCUCUCGGUGCUAUAUGACCCAGCAUCUCAAUUUCUGACCCCAAAUCUUGGCUUUUGGUUUGUUCUCCAUCAUGGUGGUGUGUGCAUGGAGCUGUCCUGCUUGCUCCUGGUUGUUGGGAGCUCUUCAGUGGCCUCCAGUGCUCCCAGUAACCGAGUCCCCUAGCCAAGCUUCGGUUUCCACUGUGGCUUUAUAAGCACGGGUGGAUGCCAGGGAAUGAUGCUGAGGUCGAGCAGCACAAUGGCCCAAGCUUGAGCUGUGUCCCAUGGUGUUUGAAGACUCCAUUUUCUCUUCUGUCUGUGGUGUGGCACGAUGGCUUGGUGGCAUUGCACAGGGACUGUCAGGCUGAGACCUCGGAGCUCUGCCAGCCUUUCCCUUUCUUUUUUCCUUUGGACCUUGCUGAUAGGGAACUACCUCAAAGCCCAGCCUCAGGGGGAGGUGGCUGGCUCAGGCAGGGUGACAGCACUUGGAGCCCUGUCCCAGAGGGCUGUGGCAGAGGCUGGUUGGACUUGGUGGAAGCUUUGUCCAAGAGUAGGUGCUCCUCACCAGACACUCCUCCUGGAGCCCGGUGGUGGCAGCGGCCCGGCAACAGCUUUGUCCAGGGACAGGAAAAAUCCUGUUCCCUGGCACAGUGUCCCUGCACCUGACCUGGGUGACAUUUCUGGUGAUGCUGUGGGUAGAGAGGUGGAUGCCACCUGCAGGGAUGGGACCUGUCACCUGCACUGCCACCCGAGAGGGAUGUUCCUCUGAUCCCAGCUGCCGUCCUAUGGUGCUGGGCAGGGCUGGUGGGGCCAGGGGGACCGAGUGGCUUCACAGGCUCCUCCUGGCCCCAGCGCCCGGUGGGGUGGUGGCUGCUCCCAGCACACAAGCACAGCUGGUUUGGAGAGCAGCAGCUGCUCCCAGCUGGGUGGCUCCCCAGACCCGUGGGGGGCUGUCACUGGAGUCUUUUCCCCUCUCGUGGGUCCAUCCAGGGCAGCUCAGCCCCGGCCCUGAGGUGGGUGUCGGGGUGGGUGCCGGCACCGCUUUGGCCACCGUGUGCUGGAGGCUUCUGCCCCGGCCCACGAGCUCCUUUCGUCACAUUUGCACCUGAUGAAAUUGCACUAAUGGCGGUGGGACUCCCCCCCGCCCCCUCGCCGGCAAAGUGGGGACCCCCGGGCAGCUCCCAGCGGGUGGGUGGGGGCCGGGGAGCCCUUUCCCCUCACCCACGUUUUCCUCCGCUGGUUUUGGGGAAGUGAAGCCCCUCUCCCCCCCAGUGUCACUGCGGGGGCCGGGACGCCCCUCUGUCCUCAAAGCUGCCCGGUGACUGAUGACGCGUGGUCCUGGCAGCCAAUCACAGCCCGCGGGAUGCAGCCCUUGGGGAUCAAUUAGUGCGUUUCCCACGGCCCCGGGGGGACAGGACACGGGGGGGGUGGGGGGAUGGGAGGGGAUGCUGUGGGCUCCUGUGCUCCCGGUGACCCCGCUGCGUGGACUUGGGACGUGAACCCCCGUUACCACCCCACUCCUCUGCCACGUGUCACAUCUUUGUCUGGGCUCUGCCCGGGCGGGACUGUUCUUCCUGGUAUGGUUUUUCCCUUUUUUGUUUUCGUUUGAUUUUUUUUUUUUUUUUUUGAAACUUCUUUGUUAAUGUGUAUAUAUAUAUAUAAAAUAUAAUAUAAU